AUGAGAUACUUUUGCAUCCUCAUCAUCCCCUCCGUCUUGGCCGCGGCCACCCGCCUGUCCCCCCGUCAGGAGACAGAAGUAGUGGCCGACGCGGACCAGCUCUUGACUCUGCGCGCCAACUUUUGCAUCGACUACACCAAGCCAGAGUGCGAGGACGCGAUUGCCACAUGCCAGGACGGGGGCAAGAUCAUUGAAGACUGCAUCCGCGACGAGCACCCCGCGUGCAUCAAGGACGCGGCCUCGCCCUGCUCCCAGGCGGUCGAGAAGUGCCUCGCCGACUUUGGCGCGGAAGAGGACGCGGACCAGGCCGUGCACGACUGCAUCAUCGAAAAGGUGAUUUCCGAGGGCGCGGGCGACGACGAGCUGCCCGCCGAGACGGGCUCGACACUGAGCCCCGAAGAAGCGACGGCGUGCAAGAAGGCGAGCGCCGAGUUCCAGGUGGCCAUGCUCGACGACGACUGCGACGUGGUGGAGGACGGGGACGAGGGCGUGGCCAAGAGAGCCGACUCGGCGGCGUGCGAGGCCGCGGCGGCCACUUUUGAAAAGGCCUGGAAGGAUCAUAGCUGUGAAAAGGCAUUCGGUGCUCAGGAAGAGUGA